CAUCGGAUCACACCUCCAAAACACAUCCAACGGUGACCAACACACCAUCUCAGAUCUUUAUUAGUUAUAAUCAUCAUCAAAUCAUAUCACUCUUUCUUUCUUCACCUGAAAGCUUGACCCUCCGCUGAACAAUCAUGGGUUUCACAAUGGGUCUGAACCUACUCCUGUUACUAGCCAUGGUUGCAACCAACAUCCUCUCACUCUACCACCUCUCCACCACCAUGAUCUCCACCAAACCACCCACAACCCCCACCCCACCUGUCCCAGACCACCUCCUCCGCCAGCUCCAAACCAUACGCGCUACCAUCACCCACCUCACGCGCCACCACUCCAACCCAUCCAUACCCACCACCCCUUCCACUAUCCCCUCCGAACUCCUCCUCUACACCCAACUCUCCCCCAUCGCAUCCUCCUGCCGCCACCACCCUGACCUCCUCCACCAGUACAUGAACUACACCCCUUUUUCCCCUUGUCCGCCACCGUCCUCCGCCGCCGCUGAACCACUCAUCCUCCGUGGCUGCCACCCUCUCCCCCGCCGGCGUUGCUUCUCCCCCACCCCUAACAAACAACCCACUUCACUACCCACUAACCCCUUCUCUCCGGUGCCGGAAUAUUCCAUUUUAUGGAACAAUUACAAGUGUAAAAACUUUAACUGUCUUAACCCUGAUCUGGGUUUUGAUUUAAAGAAAGAAAAAUCAAAACUUUUAACUUACAAAACCGAUCUUGAUCUCCCAAUAUCUCAACUAACAGACAUUGCUAAAAAGUCAAAAAUCGUUGUUCGGUUAGCGUUGGACAUCGGUGGCGGUACGGGUACUUUCGCUGCUCAAAUGAAAGAACAAAAUGUGACAGUGAUAACCACCACAAUGAGCUUGGGUGCACCUUACAAUGAAGUGGCUGCACUCAGGGGAUUGGUGCCUUUACAUGUUCCAUUGCAGCAGAGGCUGCCUGUGUUUGAUGGGGUGUUGGAUCUUGUGCGGUGUGGGCAUGCUGUGAAUCGGUGGAUCCCGGUGCAGGCGAUGGAGUUUUUGGUUUACGAUGUUGAUAGAGUGUUGAGGGGUGGUGGGUUCUUUUGGGUGGAUCGGUUUUUUAGUAAAGGGGUGGAUCUUGAUAAGGUUUACGCGCCGUUGAUUGGGAAGUUGGGGUAUAAGAAGGUGAAAUGGGCGGUUGGGAAGAAGACGGAUUCGAGUGGCGUUAAGAAUGAUGAGGUUUAUUUGACUGCUUUGUUGCAAAAGCCGGUCUCAAGAUGACAAUAACGAUGAUGACGGUGAUGGUUUUGUUUUCGCUCUUGAGGGAUCUCAAGGAAUCUAUCCCUCCAUGCGCAUAGUUUUGGAAAUGAAUCUUCAUCAAGGAGUUUCACACCACUUACCACUUCUAAGGGACGAGAAUAAUCAGCAAGCCACCCGAAAGCAAGAUCCAAGAAUCCAAC